AUUAUCCAAACGGCACAUCACAGCACACAAUGCCUAUUUAAUCCCCAUCUCUCUCUCUCUUUCUAUCUCUGUCUCUCUCUCAUUCAUGAGAUCUUUCUGAGAAACGAAAUCCUCUCGGGCAUGGACGACGACGGCGACUGGAUCACAGCGAGGUACCUCCUCUCGUCGAUUCUCGGGCGGAACCCCCUCGUCGUGGACUACGUCGACGAGGAGUCCUUCCCCGUCAACCCUCCUCCCGCCGGCGCUGCCGGCCUGGGAGGCUGGUCCGAGGCGCUGGCUAUUUCGCCGCCGCCAGCGGUGAGGGCGUCAGCGGGCGUGGCCGGCACGGUGUGCGCCGUGUGCACGGAGGAGAUCGCGGUGGCGGACUCCGUGGUGGGGCUGCCGUGUGCGCACUGGUAUCACGCGGGCUGCAUCGCGCCGUGGCUUGGGAUCCGGAGCACCUGCCCCAUGUGCCGCGCCGAGCUCCCGCCCAGGGACGACGAGGCCAACGCUGAGGACGGCGGCGGAGGCCGCGAGAAGCCGUCACGCGCUCGCGCUGCCGCGGGGACCAGUGACAUCGCCGGCUCAAGCGCCAGCGCCAGCGCGCGGCGGGACGCGUCGUCGUUCCAGUACCUCGCCGGCGGCGUGCUGUCCGGCUGAUGGGCAUGGGCGCGACGCUGGCUGAGUAGAUUAGGUGCGUGGACGGCGUCGUGCGCUCGAAGCUCGUUGUACAAAAAGAAAUGGGUAAUGCGAAAAAGGAAAAAAUACAUAAUUUUGAGCCAAUAUUUCCCGCGUACAAGUUCAAUCAGUACCACACUUGGGGUUGGGGAUUACAAAUUAUGAAAAGGAAGAAAAGCAUGACGUUUUUCUUUUUAGAGACAUUAAAGCAAAGUCCUUAUCAAGUGAGAAUCCGAUUCCCAACCAUCACAUUAUACUCAUACAUGCAUAUAAGU